CCCUGAGUUCUUCUCAGUGUUUUGAACUGAGGCGCUGACCAGGCAGCUCCACCUACCAUUAUUAUUUCACUUUUUAACGACAUUGUGCUUAGUUUUUGCAAUAUAUGGAUUGUUCUCACAAUGGAUAGAUGCAGCAGAAGCAAAGGGAAAGCAGUUAAGCCAGAACAUUUGGAGGAGGAAGAUGGUCACGACGAGUUGCUUGGCUCUCGCUUGGAAAUAGAGUUGAAUCGCAGUAUUGAGAAAAUGAGAGAAGAGGAGUUAACCCCCUUGGCUCAUCUCAGACGCAGCAUUAGUGGCAACAAUAACCAAGACCAAGACGGUGAUACCAGCGACUCGCAUCAAGAAGUUGAUUCUCUCUCUGCCAUCCACAACUUUAGUGAGGAGCUGCUAGAAGACAUAGAGAUGCCAAAUAUAAGUGUUAGUCAUUGGGAAAGUUCAGACCUAAUAUCUGUAUCAUCUGUGUCUCCUUGUAGUCCUGUCAAGAACACUGUUCAUGGAAAGAGUGACGUUCCAAGCAAUUUGUCAUUUGUAGUAUCUGAGAAGAAACUUGCACAAGUGGAAGGAGCCUCACCCACACAAACAACUGAACAGUCGAUCUCUGGAGAAAUUGACCUUUAUGAACAAUUGGCUUCUCUUAGUGCCCCUUUAGCGGAAUGUGUCAAGACCUUGAUAUCUAUAGAUGAGACAGGUACAAAUAAUGGAGGUUUAAAGAAGGUAUUACAUAGCUGUGAUGCCUCUGCCAAGGUAUCUGGUGAGAGGAAGCCUGAGCAAAACGAUGUAGCGGCCAACAUGACAUCUUCACCCGUGUCUUCGCCUGACCUACACUUGACACUUGGAACUGGUCUUGAGUUAUUAGAUAUUGAUAACAUGAAUGACAGCCUACUUGUUUCAUCAAGUCUGAAUAAUUGCUCUGAUAAAGGAAAGAAGAGUGAAACAUUCACCUCAUCUCUGCCUCCCACUGUGCAACAAAAGGUUGCAGUAGAGGAUAAUGCAUCAUUCUCAAGUGGGUUUCUAUCCGAAGCUUGCGAUAUUGUGGCAGAGCUGGAGAAAAUGGCUAAAGGUCUCUCGCCAUCUUCUGCUACUCCAGAUACAAGGCUUCCACUACACUCAUUAGAUAUGGAUACUGUGAAUGACAGUUUACUCAAUUCCUUUUCUCUGGCAAGAUCUCCAGGCAAGAAUGAUCAACAUGUAUCCAUCUCAUCAGUUCCUACUGAAAGGGUUCAUAAGAAAGAUGCAGAAAGCAAAAUUGAAAAAUUUAGUGAUGCAUAUGUAAAAUCAAAUGACUGUACUUUUGAAAGGCUUGCAAAAAUUUUGAGUGACAUGGAGAACACUGAUGCAUCAUCAGUGAAAAGUGGAAAGAUACGUGACAUUAAAAACUAUUUGGAAGAGACUUAUAAUAUUUAUCAACAGCAGAGCAAGGGUGUGAAUUUAACAUUUGAUAAUAAUAAUGAUAUUCAUCCUGUGCUUAACUCAACCUUUGAAAAACGAUUGGAAAGUCCAGUCUCUAUCACACUGGAGAAAAAACAUGUUAAUACUAUAUUUGACAGAAAGGAUAUCAAUAAUACAUUUGACAAAAAGGAUGUUAAUACUACAUUUGACAGAAAGGAUGUCAAUAUAUUUGACAGAAAGGAUGCUAAUACCACAUUUGACAGAAAGGAUGCUAAUGCCACAUUUGACAGAAAGGAUGCUAAUACCACAUUUGACAGAAAGGAUGCUAAUACCACAUUUGACAGAAAGGAUGCUAAUACCACAUUUGACAGAAAGGAUGCUAAUACCACAUUUGACAGAAAGGAUGCUAAUACCACAUUUGACAGAAAGGAUGCUAAUACCACAUUUGACAGAAAGGAUGCUAAUACCACAUUUGACAGAAAGGAUGCUAAUACCACAUUUGACAGAAAGGAUGCUAAUACCACAUUUGACAGAAAGGAUGCUAAUACCACAUUUGACAGAAAGGAUGUCAAUACUACAUUUGACAGAAAGGAUGUCAAUACUACAUUUGACAAAAGGGAUGCCAAUACAGCAUUUGAUGCAAAAGUUCAUUGUGCCAACAGAACUUUUGAUACUGCAAAUGCAGAAGAUAUGAAACCUUACAAAUUUAUGGAUACAACAUUUGAGAAGAAUGAUCAUCCUUCAAGCGAGGACAAGGAAAAGGAGAAAUUGAAUGUAACUUUUGAGCGAGGUGAAUAUAAAAUUGCUUCUUUGAAUGAGACGGUGAACUUGAUGGAUGCUGAGGGGGAUGUUCUUCAGAUAAUCUUAGAUGCAACACCACUUAAAGUGUCCAACACUGCUCCUGAUGCUGCUUCUACUCCCAAAUGUGCAAGUACACCUACACAGCCAUCUGUUAAAAGGACGAUAGCAAAAGAUUGCACCCAAUCUUUCCUUCGUCGAAUCUCCCUUGGUAUGAGGAUUGAUAAUUCAAGUUAUAAAUGUGAGGACAACCCAGGAAGUUCAGCCCAAGCUUCAAGACCUGUUAUCCCAGGGAUGAAAAUGGGCUCAAUAGACCAACAAGCUGUGGCUAGCCAAUUGCGACGUCUUCAUAAUGGGACAUCUUCCUCAGUACGCUCGGGACCAUUGAGAGCCCUACCGGUCUAUCAGUAUGACAGAGAGUAAAAAGCACUAGAUUCUGCUGCUACAACUGAUGGUUUACAAAGUGUAAGCCACAUCCACAUGGGAGACUGUGAUACAGGAAGCCUGGGUAAUAAUGGAAAAUCUGUACAUCCCUCAUUUGGAUCUGUCAGCAGCAUAGAAAAUGAACGUCCUGGAACUCCAGAAGUACGCAUAAUCACUGGUAUUGGUAUGUCAACACCAGAUGUCUUUCGAUGUGAGGGACCUAUUAUUGGUCCACGCAUCACAAGUACGCCAGCAAUGGGAGGUGCGGCAUUUUCACGUGUGGUAGGAAUGGAAGGCCCAGCCCCAACACCCAUUUCUGCCCCUUCGUCACGGUCACGUGUAGUCAGUGUUGCUAGCACAGACUCAUUACCUGAGCAACAAAAUAAUGGUACUCCAUUGUGGCAAGAAUUCUCUCAAGAGUCUAGUAAAGAUGGUAAAAUGAUGGCAAACUUGCAUGACCAGAGUACCAGUAACUUCAAGCAAAUUUCCUCACAUCAGAAACAGUUGGUAGAGAAUUAUCAUAAUCCUGAAUCUUUUGGACAAGGGAAAAUGUCUAAAGCUCAAGUGGACACCAGUAUAGAUGAAAAAGUUUGUACUGGUGUUGCACAUAUACAAAAAAAGGAUUGUAAAGUAUUUGAUCACGGAGGAGCAACAAUUAAAAGCUCAAACCAAGAUAUACCAAGAGAAGAAACUGCUCAUGUGAGCAAUGUAAGUAAAAAUACAACCAAAAAUGUAAUUCAGGAAGCUUGUGACAAUGCUGAAGCACAACAAAAAACUUCAGGUUUUACUGAAAAGCAAAAAUUGGCUUUAUCAAUUGGAGGUGAUCUCCAUGUUAAAUCUGAAGUUAUUGAUGCUAAAAAUUUGGCCACUGACAUGGAUCUUCAACCAAAGAAUAUAAUGGAGGCCUUUAAUUCAGCUGAUCAAAAUCAGCUGAAUGAUGCUCUUGUUAAUGGUGAGAAGCCAGCACUGAGGACUUGUACUGAGAGUGUUCAAUUGGAGAGCCAUAAUGGUAAGGAAUUAGGACUGAAAACUGGUGACGGGGAGAAUCGACUGUUCCACAAUAAUGAUGCAGAAUGUCAGUCAAAAGGAGAAGGUAAAAUGAGAGCAUCAUGCAAGUCUAAUAAUAAAAUUAAUGUUGAUGCAAAGACUGAGUGUAAUACAUCGAAACAUCAUAAAGCAGCUGAAAACAGAAAACACAGUUUACAGGCUAUGAAACCAUUAAGUAGAAAGAGUUUAAUUACUGAGAGAUCCAUUGGAGUGUACAACAAGUCCUCACAGGUUAUGCAAGAUAAAGUAAAAAUAAUAAGAUGUAGGAGUGAAUCUCCUCAUGGUACAAGAGUCCCUUUGUCAACUCUUAGUGUUAAAGAUGCUACAGAUAAAAAUAACACAAAUAAUUCUGCUUUGAAAUUAGGAGAGAAACUUGUGGGUACAACAAAGACAAAGGAUGCCACCGAUACCAGAACACUACCAGUAAUUAACCGAUCCAUGGUCAAGGGUAAAGAAAACAAAAGAAAAAGUGAUCCAAGUUGUAAGCAGAUUAUGUCUCAAGUUAAUAAUAGACCUCGUGCACUUCAUGGAAAGAAAACUCCACUGCGGCCUGUUCUUGGAGUUUCGAGCCUUCCUAGUAGAAGAUCAUUAGUUCCUCAGCCAUUAAUCCAAAAGAAUAUAAACACUUUGAAGAGUAACUCUGUAAAACCUAAUUCCAAAUACUACUUUGAUACUGAACCUGUAAAGUUACUAGAAACAGUUGAAACAAAGAAACUUAAAACUCCAAAAGAACCUCAAAAGUUUUCACUCAAGCACCCAGUAACUUCAAGAGAGACCACAGACUCUAAAUUAACCAAGGAUAUGCGUUCAUCUUUGGUAGCAUCAACCAAAGGAGUGCCUAGAUCACAGAUUGCUAGAGGAUUAAAAUUACCAGUGGAUGUGAAUCCCAGUUCUGUAGGUUCAGGUUCUGCAUUAAAGCCUAAGGCUUCAAGUCAUACUGCAAGUGGCUCCCAAGUGAAGACAAAGCUACCACAAAGAACUGGAGCCAUUACAUCAGCUUCUCAUAAAUCCUCCAAGGUUCAAGCUCCAAAAUAUCUUAUUCAUUGAUUAUCCUAUGAUAAGGUUUGUGUUCAUUAUUUAGUCAUCAUUUUAGUUAUGAUUUUACCAGGUGCUGAGAUCAAGUUAAUACACGGUAGAAGGGUAUAAAAGUAUUCUCAAAUGAAAAAUACAGACUUCCUAUGUAAUACUUGUUGAAUUUAACAUCUAAACUGUUUCUAGUAAAGACUUUUAACUUUGAUUUGUGCAAGCAGAAUACAUUUACAAUCAACAUUUAUAGAGAAAUUUAUUUGAUGGAUCACUCGUAUGUAUUUCUUAACCAUUUUUGUUUUUUAACCCAUUCUCCUUCCUCGUGUAAUUCUUUGCAGCAUAAUUGACCCUCUCCAGUUGUCUGAAUGCAAAACUUGUAUAACAGUGUAGAGUGUACUUCAAUAUGUAUAUAUUUUAUAUGGUAUAUCAAUAAAAUUGGUUUAAAUAGUCGUCUUAAACUGUUAGGCUUUAGCCCACUCUUUAAUUACUGUAGCUAUGUGACCCUUUUGGGUUUAGCACUUGAUAAGCAUAAUUUAAUUACUGUACUUAUCAGUGCUAGUCCAGGACACAUUGCUCCAAUCACUAAUUUUUCUGAUUGUGCACCUCUCAUCUCAGUGGUUGUUGCCUGUCAAAGCCUGAAGUUACCAGUAUAGUAAUAUUUUGACUGACAUUUCUGGUGUCACAUUUUCUUGAGUUCAGAUCCUGAGAAUUCACUUUUGUGAUCACUUUCCUCACUGGUUGCAUGGAAGCAAAAUCUGCUUUAUCUCUACGAGUCAAAUUCUCAUGUUGAAGUAUCACUGGGUAAAUGUCCUACUGAGCCAAUGUGUGGGCCUGAUUUUUCUUUUUUCUAGGUGCUAAGAGUUGAGCCUAGCCAAAAUUGGUGGCAUGUAGUAAAUUUGAGGUCACAAAAAUUGUGUGAAUUUUGGGGGGAAUGGAGAACACUUAAAGGGUUAAUAGGUCUCUAGCUAUAUAUCUAGUUAGUUGAUCCACUUGCUUGCAGAUAUUUCAGGAUACCCAUUUUAGUACAUAUUUUCAUGACUGGAACGGUGGUUUAGCUGUUGGAAACAGCAACUUGCACAAAGAUCAAAAUGUUAUUGGAUAAUUAUGAUUCCCAACAUAAUUUCAAACACAAGGAAAAGGAAUAACAUCUGAGGAUUACCUAUUUUUAUUUACAAAUAUUGUUAAAAAAGCAUGCUAUUAAUAUUUCACACAAAGUAAUAAUUUGUUCUUAAAUUGGUCUCACUGGUUUAUCAAAUGUAAUUCUUGCUUUAUAGCCGGGAUAUGUGGAAUUUGUACGUUUGGAAAUUUUAAAUUUGCCCUGUAACUAAUGCUUAAAACAAUAUUACUAAAUCUUGCCUAACAUGUUAAUACACAUGUAAACUAGCAGAGCAAGUCUACUAAAUUAGUUAAAAAUUAAAAACUAAUUAAUACAUUUUGUCAAUCCAUAAGAAAAAAGUAAAUUAUUUUUACAAAAAUCUGGUUACCUUUCCCUUAUUCAGAUCAAACCUGUUUACCUCCCAGUCCUAAGGCACUGCAUGAUUCUUACAGGAUUAGCAUUUCCCCAUGACUAAAACAAAAUUACUAAAUCUAUCAUCUAAACGGAAAAGAGAGGGACCUUUAUGCUGGUGAAGGACCCUUGAUCCAAGGAACCCUCCCCUUCAUUGAAUCAAACUGAUUACCUCCCAUUUUCCAGGCUCUGUAUGACUUGUGGAUUUAGUACUUCCCCAUUAAUGUAGUGCAGUGAUACAGCCUUUAAAAAAAAAAAAAAUAAUUAAGUAUACGAUAAUCAUAUAAAUGCAUGACAAUUACCUGUGCAGUAUGAAAGUG